GCCACAGAGAUCCUAGUUUCUACUUGUGUUUUCAAUUAUACCAAACAACAAUUAAACAAUGGCUUCCUCCUCUGUUCCAUCUUCUUCUCGACCUCGAUACACAUACGAUGUGUUCUUGAGCUUUAGAGGUGAAGACACUCGCGACAACUUCGUCAGUCAUCUCUACACUGCGUUGACUCACAAGGGGAUUCACACCUUCAAAGACGAUGAAAAGCUUGAGAGAGGAAAAUCGAUUUCGCCGGAGCUCCGGAGAGCGAUUGGAGGAUCGAGGUUUUCGAUUAUAGUUUUAUCGAAGAAUUAUGCUUCUUCGAGAUGGUGUUUGGAUGAACUUGUGGAGGCACUUGAAUGCAGCAACACAACGGUUUGUCCGAUUUUCUAUCAUGUGCAUCCGUCGGAAGUGAGAGGGCAAAGAGGGAGUUUUGGGAAGGGAUUUGAUGAUUUGGUUUCCAAACAGGGAGUAUUGGGGAUGGAGAAUGUUCCAAGGUGGAGGAAUGCUUUGGAGCAAGUUGCCAAUUUAUCAGGAUGGCCUUACCCCAGUGGUGCAAUCGUCAGGUCUGAAUCAAAGUUCAUCGAAGAAGUUGUCAGGAAACUUUUUGGAAAAUUAGUUGAUACAUAUUCAAGCAUUGGCAAAGACCUAGUUGGGAUGGUUUCUCGUAUGGAGAAAGUGAUUGAAUUGCUAGGCUUAGAGAUGGAUGAUGCUCGUGUUGUAGGUAUUUGGGGAAUGGGUGGGAUAGGCAAGACUACUAUUUCCAGAGCUGUUUAUGACUGUAUCUCUUGCCAAUUUGAAGGUUACAGCUUUAUUGAGAAUGUUAGAGAAGUUUUAGAAAAAUGUGGUUUAAAAACUUUGCAAGAACAACUCAUUUCUGAAAUCUUAAUGGAAAAAGAUUUGAAAGUAGGAAGUAAUGGUCAUGCAGUACAUAUGAUAAGGAGCACGGUAUGUGCUAAAAAAGUCCUUAUCGUGCUUGAUGAUGUGGAUGAAUCAACCGAACUCGAAAAAUUGGUAGGAGAGCACGAUUGGUACAGUUGUGGAAGUAGAAUCAUUGUAACGACUCGAAAUCAACAUGUGUUAACUAGAUAUGGCAUAAAACAUAUCUAUGAGGUUGAGCAAUUAAGAGAAGAUGAAGCUAUAGAACUCUUAGAAUCGAAAGCCUUUGGGAAACACCAACAAAUGGGAGGCUAUGGAGAGCUUGUCCGUCAUGCAGUAACAUAUGCUAACGGAGUUCCUUUAGCUCUCAAAGUUUUGGGUUCUUUCCUUUGUGGUCGAAACAAAGAUCAAUGGGAAAGUUCAUUAAACAGAUUGAAAAAAAGCUCUCUCAAGGAAGUUCUACAAGUACUUAGAAUAAGUUACGAUGCAUUGAAAUCAGAAGAGAAAGACAUAUUCUUAGAUAUUGCAUGUUUUUUCAAAGGGAAGGACAAAAAUGAUGUAGCAAAAAUACUAGAAAGUUGUGGCUUCGACCCAACUAUUGGAAUAGAGGUUCUUGUUGAAAAGUCUCUUAUAACUAUCUCAAGCAAUAAGUUGUUGAUGCAUCAUUUGAUACAAGAACUAGGGUGGCAUAUUGUUUGCGAGGAAUCACAUAAAGAGCCUGGAAAGCGCACUAGGUUAUGGUGUGAUGAAGAUAUAAAACAUGUAUUGAUGGACGAUACGGGAACAAACAAAGUGGAAGGCAUAGUUAUGCAGUAUAGUGACCUAAGAGGUCUAGAUCCAAAGGACAUUGGGUUUCUAAAACAACUGAAGUUGAGGCCUAAAGCUUUUGCAAAGAUGUCGAACUUGAGGAUUCUCAAAAUUUGUUGUAUGCACCUCUCAGAAGAACUCGAAUAUCUUCCUAACAAGUUAAGGUAUCUUGACUGGUUAGGAUACCCUAUGAAAUACAUGCCUUCAACAUUUCAACCAGAGCAUCUUGUUGAACUUCACUUAACCUAUAGCAGCAUUGAACAACUUUGGGAGCAAACAAUGCAUCUAGACAAGUUAAGGAUCAUGAAUCUUAGUCAUUCGACAUAUCUAACAAAGUGCCCAGACUUCACAAGGGUCCCAAAUCUUGAAAAACUGAUUCUUGAAGGUUGUAUAGGUUUGGUUAAUCUUCAUCCAUCCAUUGUAGCUGUCAAAAGGCUUAUUUGUUUGAACUUGAAGGACUGCAAAAGUCUCAAGAGUCUUCCAUGUGGCAUUCAAUUGGAAUCUCUUGAAGUUUUUAUUGUCUCUGGGUGUUCAAAGCUUGAUAACGUUUUGAUCUGCUUGGGAUAUAUGAAAUGUCUAUCAAAGCUUUGUUUAGAUGGGACUGGUAUCAGUGAACUUCCACCUUCAGUUGAACAUCUUACCAAUCUUGGUUUGAUUAGUCUGAGUGAUUGUAAAAACUUGAGAAGUAUUCCAGAUAGCAUUUGUCAGUUGAAAGAUCUUAGAACUUUAAUACUUUCUGGUUGCUCCAAACUUGACAAAUUGCCGCCAGAAGUGGGUGUUUUGUACUGUUUAUAUGAGCUUCGUGCAGAUUGGACUGCAAUUAGACAACUCCCAUCCUCCAUUGGACGUCUGAAGAAGCUUGAAGUACUAACGCUUAAAGGGUGUAAAGGAAUAUCAUCUAAUUCCAUGGCUUCUGAACUAGCCGCAGCUUUGUCAAGGUUGGAAUCUUUACAGAAACUAGAUCUUAGUCACUGUAAUUUAAAUUCCAUGGCUUCUGAACUAGCAGCAGCUUUGUCAGGGUUGAAGUCUUUACUGCAUCUAGAUCUGGGUUACUGUAAUUUAAAAUCUAUCCCCACAGCCAUUUGUAGCAUCUACUCGUUGGAAUUUUUAUUCCUAGGUGGAAACAAUAUGGAAAGGUUACCUACAAGCAUAAACCAACUUUCAAAUCUGUUGUGCUUGUUUUUGGUUGGUUGCAAGAAGCUUCAAGAAUUGCCAGAGAUUUUACCUAAAAGAACAAGCUACCUAUGUGUUGAUGAUUGCCCAUCAUUAAGAACUAUAUGGAUUCCAUCCGAAACUUCUAGUCAUGUCUCAGUGUCCAACAAUUGCUUCAAUUUGGUUGAGAAUAAGCAAAACAACAUCCUGACAGAAAAUUUUCUUUCAAACAUAUUUCAGAGAAAUUUUCGUGCUCCUUGUGACAUUGUUUUACCUGGGAGAGAGAUUCCAAAGUGGUUCAGCCAUCAAAGUAGGGGGUCUUCGACAUCUUUUCAGUUGCCUCCACAUUGGUUUAACGACAGGUUCUUGGGAUUUGCUUACGCCGUUGUUGGAUUCAAAGAGGCUAAAUCGGACUAUUGUCGUAUUGAAAUGAACUUCAAGUGCCACGUUACUCAGAGGAUCAUCAAAGAAUGGGCUAUCUGCAAUCCAUUUGUCAAAUUUGGAAAUAUGGUGGUUAGGUGUAUCCCACGCGGUGCAUUUUUGGGAAUCACGGAAGAUGAAAUGGAGCAAUUAAAUGAGGUUGGAUUUGAAUGUGAAGCUCAUUUAUUUGAACUAAUUCAGCUUUCUUCAAUUGGAGAAGAUGAAAACUUGGGAAAAAUGGCCUGCAUGCCCGUAUCCAAAGUAGAGGUUGAAAACGUCGGUAUCCAUGUCGUAUACAGGGAAGCUGAAGAACAAGCAUUGAGUAAUAGUAGUAGUAGUGCUACUACAUCAAAGAGAAAACGCGACCUCGACCUCAACGACAAUUACUACGAUGCAACGGCAGUAGGACCCAGUGGAAGUCCUAGAAUUGAUGAUCAAGAGGACCACCUCAACAACCUCAACGGAAAAAGGCUUAGAAGUUGCAGUCCCUCCGUACAGUCGAGUGGUUUCUUUGAUGUUUGGAUUCCUCAUGCUCCACUUGAUUCAGUUGCCCUGGCUCCGCAUAAUGAUCCUCCAUCAAUGUUAGCUGCUACCGGGGUCUUGCCUUCACUUGCCUCAGACUCUGCUCUGACUCUCUUUGUGACUCCUCAUGGCUCUCCUUCUCGAGGGGGCAUAUCUGCCUUUGAGACGAUUGCUAGGGGCUCUCCAUUGCAAGUGCCCGUGAAUGUUUUGGAUUUGAAUGUUAGCAACUUCCAUUUUGAUAGCGAUACUUUUAGUCUUUCCCCUUAUCAGACCGCAUUUUCAGGCUCGAGUUUUCUCCCCGAGGUUUCCUCUCUGUGUGGUUCAUCUUACCCGAUAGAGAUUGGAGAGGUUCCUGAAACUAACAACUUCUCUGCCCCAGCUCCACCCCCGAUUUCUGGCAAAGUACCUUUUCUCCACUAUUGGGUAGCUCCUGAGUUUGCCUCAGUUCUACAGCUUGUGCAUUCGAGUUACCCUGAGACCUUUGCUUUCUUUGCUUGUCAAUCCCCACUGAUUCAAACUACUCUUCUCGAGUCAUUUGUUACUAUCCUGUAUAGCUUGGAUCAGCAACGAUUGUGUGACCUUAAUGAGAAGGUAGUUGAGACAGCAUAUCAGGGGAUCUCAGAUAUGGAGCGUUAUCAGGUAAAUCUAUCAUGGCUUCGAAGGCGCCUGGAUAUAGCCUCGAAUGCUAGUCAUCGGGUGGAGUUUUUGUCUGUGCUUGGCUCUUAUCAGACUUCUAUAGAUGAAACAAAGGCGACUCUUCGUGAGCUUGAGGCGGGAUAUGCUCAAGCCUUGGCAGUUUUAGAGGAACACUCCACCGCCUAUCCUCCGGAUGUAGAUGUGACAUGCAGUUUUUUUGAGGGCGUCUUCAGAAAAGAUUGAGUUUUUUCGAGUAUUAUGUAGGUAUGACUUCCUCUGAGUGCUGGUAUGUUUUUUUUAUUUAUUUUUUGUUUGUUCCAUUCUCAUUGUUUUCUUGCCCCUUUCGAUAAAUUUUUUUAUAUCUAGGACAAUGCAUUGGAAUAGCAAAGUU